CACACACAUCUGUUGGACAGAGAAAGUUAUCCCUGGUGUGUGGAAGUUAAAUUUGGAUAAAGUCUUAGUUGCGGUGUAUAUUUGCAGAUAAAUAUUGACUCGGUAAAACUGAAUCCAGGUCAGUUCCAGCCGUGCGUAAAAGUUUGGAUCAUGUUUCGGUGCUGCUUUUUGGUGCUUGUGGGCGCGGUGGUGGUGAGCGCCCAGUUCCCCAGAGAGUGUGUGACACCCGAAGGACUCAGGAGCGGACAGUGCUGCCCGUCGCCCUUCGGACUCGACAACGACCCGUGCGGGUCCAGCACGGGGCGCGGACAGUGCGUGUCCAUCGCGGUGGACGCGCGCCCCCACGGCCCUCAGUACCCACACGACGGUCGGGACGACCGGGAGCGAUGGCCCAUCCGUUACUUCAACCGUACUUGUCAGUGUAAUGGGAACUUCAGCGGGUAUAACUGCGGCCGCUGCAGACACGGAUGGACGGGGGCCACCUGUGACCAGAGGGUUAAUGUUGUGAGGAGAAACGUGAUGCAGCUCAGCGCGGACGAGAAGCGUGCGUUCGUGAACGCGCUGGACCAGGCCAAGCGCACCGUGCACCCCGACCUGGUGAUCGCCACACGGCGCUACGCGGAGAUCUUCGGACCCGACGGGAACACCGUGCAGUUCGAGAACAUCACCAUCUACAACUACUUCGUGUGGAGCCACUACUUCUCGGUCAGCAAGACGUUCCUGGGGGCGGGCCAGGCCAGUUUCGGCGGAGUGGACUUCUCCCACGAGGGGCCCGGAUUCGUCACUUGGCACAGGUUCCAUCUGUUGCAGCUGGAACGAGACAUGCAGGACAUGCUGCAGAACCCCUCCUUCGCCCUGCCCUACUGGAACUUUGCCAUCGGUGGAAGCACAUGUGACAUCUGCACUGAUGACCUGAUGGGGGCCAGGAGCAGCUUUGACAUGAACUCCCUGAGCGCCAACUCCAUCUUCUCCCAGUGGAGGGUCAUCUGUGAGAGUGUGGAGGACUACGACACACUGGGAACCAUCUGCAACAGUACUGAGACUUCUCCCAUCAGAAGGAACCCAGCAGGAAACGUCAACAGGCCGAUGGUCCAGCGUCUCCCGGAGCCCCAGGACGUGGCCGAAUGUCUGCAGGUCAACGCUUUUGACACGGCGCCCUACUACUCCACCUCCUCUGAAAGCUUCAGAAACACAAUUGAAGGCUACAGCGCCCCACAGGGCAACUACGACCCCGCGGUGAGGAGCCUCCACAACCUGGCACAUCUGUUCCUGAACGGCACAGGAGGACAGACUCACCUCUCACCCAACGACCCCAUCUUCGUGCUGCUUCACACCUACACUGAUGCUAUUUUUGAUGAAUGGUUGAGGAGACACAGUCCAGAUUCGUCUAUGUAUCCUGAUGAAAAUGCCCCCAUCGGUCACAACAGGGGCUACAACAUGGUGCCUUUCUGGCCUCCGGUGACCAACGCUGAGAUGUUCGUGACCGCCCCUGAAAAUCUGGGUUACUCUUAUGAAGCUGAGUGGCCAGGUCAGCCUUUCACCCUGACUGAAAUCAUCACCAUGGCAAUAGUAGCUGCCCUUGUGAUCGUUGCAGCCAUUUUCGCUGCCACCACGUGCGCCGUGCGUGCCAGGUCUUACAAGAUGGAGGGCCACCAGCCCCUGCUCGGGGACCAGUACCAGCGCUACGACAGCGACAAAAGCCAGUCUGUUGUCUAAGUCGGUGUACUGAACCCUGAAACACACCUGUGUGCCUCCUCUCUUUACUUUUACAGUGCCACAAAUAUGCAGAUUGCUAAAGCUUGAAUCUGUUCUCUGAGGAACACCUGUAUAUUAUUGAUAAGACGUAAUCUCUUGGCUGCAUUCACGUGCCUUCAUCAGCUAGUGUAGUUCAUAUUUUCUUUACAGAUAGCACAGAUGUGAGCAGUUACAUUUCAAUGGACACUUGUUGAACAUGCAUUUCUUGCAGAUAUGUGAGGUAGUUUAUAAGAGCAUGGUUUCAGAACACACACACUGACAGAUCUACAACUUCUAUUGUGCUUAUAGUUUAUGACCCUUUCUGUCUGUCUGCCACAUCAUGAGCAUCACAGGUGGGAUUCUAACACACACCGCCCAUGUAGCAGAGCCAUAAUGCCCACAAGGGGGUGCAAUUAUUCAAUUCCUGAAACUAUACUUGCUUUUCUAUGGGUUUUUAUUGUUUUUUUGAUUCGUGUGAAGAUAAAUUCAUCUAGUGACCUGAGCUGUUAUUAUUGAAUGAAGCGAUACAAAGAGAAAGAAACCAGGAGAGAUGAUUCAAAAGAAAUGUAGCAAGGUGUCGACAGGUUGGAGCCCUGAGACCUCACUGAACCGUGCGCUCACUUCACAUGCAGCUUCCCCCCCCCCCUUUUUUUUCCUUCUGUCUUUUGUUUUAAAAACAAAAAUUAUGUGAAAUUGUCAUGGAUGCUUUUCUGUUUUUACAUUUAUACUAUUGCCAGAAUGUUGUAGGAUCCAGAGGCAUGACAAAUUAUUUAAAUGAUUAUAUUUUACACGCCUGUACAGUGGUUUGUUUCGACUUGUCACCGACACUGGAUUUAAGCUGUGUUCUGACUCUCAUGUGAAUAAAACAUCAGUAAACACACAAAGUA